AUGUCCAAAAUAGAGGCCAAAGACGAACUUUUACUCGCACAACUCGGGUAUAAACAGGAAUUCAAACGUGAUUUCGGAUUAUUGGAGCUCUUUGGGGUAGCGUUUUCGAUUCAGGGCGUCUUGCCUUCUAUAGCGUCGGUUCUAGUGUACUCUAUUCCAUAUGGUGGCGCCGUCAGUAUGGUAUGGGGAUGGGCUGUAUGCUCGCUUUUCCUCAUGUCCAUCGCUACAGCGAUGGCUGAGUUGGCAUCCUCUGCGCCAACUUCCGGAGGCGUUUAUUACUGGACAUUUCACUUUUCGUCUUCAAAGUAUCGAAAUUAUCUUUCAUGGCUUCUGGGAUAUAUCGACACUAUAACAUACAUCGUUGGAAUAACAGGUAUCAACUGGGGUUGUGCAGUACAAAUCAUGGCAGCCGCGAGUAUCGGCUCUGAUUUAUCUUUCGAGGCAAACGUUUUUCAAACCUAUGGUGUUUUUGUAGCACUUGUUGUCUUGCAAGCCACGCUUUGCAGCUUUGCCACCAAAAUCAUCGCAAGACUGCAAUUGGUGUAUAUCCUAGUGAAUAUCGGCCUAUGCUUUGCCAUUAUUUUUGGACUGCCUGCGAAUACGCCUUCCGAAUUCAAGAACGACGCAAAGUACGCAUUUGGGAAUAUCCAAAACUUGUCUUCCUGGCCAGAUGGAUUUGCGUUCAUCUUGGGAUUCCUCGCUCCUUUGUGGGUUGUCGGUUGCUUUGACUCUACCGUGCAUAUCAGCGAAGAAGCAAGAAACGCGAGCACCGCUAUACCUUGGGCCGUCAUGCUUUCCACGGCGGUUUCUUGUGUCUUAGGAUGGGCGAUUAACGUAUCCCUGGCGUUCAACAUGGGAACAGACACUGACGGAAUAUUAUCCAACGAAAUUGGACAACCUUUAGCUACUAUAUUUUUCAAUGGUCUCGGUCAACGCGGUACCUUGGGCGUUUGGACUAUCCUAAUCAUCACUCAGGUCAUGAUGGGCACAAGCGGCUUUGUGUCAUCUUCCAGACAAGUUUUCGCCUUCAGUCGCGACGGAGCAUUGCCCUUCUCGAAAUAUCUUUACUACGUCAAUGAAAGUCUUUCAGUCCCCAUACGCUGCGUGUGGUUCUCCGCUACUGUGGCAAUACUACUUGGAUUGAUUCCGCUUGCAGGUAAUGCUGCAAGCGGAGCGAUAUUUGCUAUGGGGGUAGUUGGACAGUAUAUCUGCUAUUCUACAGCUAUCAUGGCACGGUGGCUUGGUGGCACGGCAUUCGAAAAGGGGCCCUUCCAUGUGGUUUUCCUAUAUCACUCUUUGCCGUACUCCUUCAUGCUGUUCAUGAGUGUCAUCUUGCUGUUCCCGGCCGAACCCAACCUUUCUGGUCCUGCGACGAUGAAUUAUACUGUGCUCGUCAUGGGAGGCGUGAUGCUUUUUUCGACAGCCUACUACUUCUUCCCUGUCUAUGGAGGUGUCCAUUGGUUCAAGGGUCCAGUGGUGACGACUAUAACUGAUUCGGUAGCAUCGAAGAGCACAUCGGAACUAGAAAUUCGUGAAAAAGAAUGA